AUAUGCAGGCAUCGCCUGAACCUACAGCUGGAACAAGCUAGAACCCAUCAAUCAAAACAUCAACAGGACUCAGCUGUCAGUUUGAAGUGGAUCUUUAAGAAAGAGCCACCCCUCAUAUCAUCACCUACCCCCUGCUUCCCUUUCUUGCUCACUUUUCCCAACUUUCUCCUUGUUGCAUCCUCAGAAAGUCAUUCAUCUGCUCUACACCCCUCCCUCAGUGGUGCGCCAUCGCCCCAGUUAGCGGGCGAGGGGUGACCCACGGGACCCCCUGGUACCCGGGCACCACCGAGCCAUCCGUGGCUGGUGAGGUGGCAGGAGGGCCAGCACCAGGAAGAUGGCUGCCCUUGCCAGCUCCCUCAUUCGCCAACGCAGGGAGGUCAAGGACCCCCAGGCAAACCGGCAGAUUGCCAGCAAGCGCAAGCCCUGUCCAAAAAGCAACAAGUCGCUCUGCCAGAAGCAAAUCCUCAUAUUAAUAUCAAAGGUUCGACUAUGUGGCAGUCGAGGGAGAAAAAUAGACAAAAGGCCAGAGCCCCAGCUCAAAGGCAUCGUCACGCGGCUCUACUGCAGACACGGCUUCUACCUCCAGAUGCAGCCGGACGGCACCAUGGAAGGCACAAAGGACGAAAGCAGCUCCUUUUUGCAGUUCAACUUGAUUCCUGUGGGGCUCAGGAUAGUGGCCAUUCAGAGCACCAAGACACGACUCUACGUCGCCAUGAACAGCGAGGGCUACCUCUACACUUCGGAGAACUUCACACCGGAGUGUAAGUUUAAGGAGUGUGUCUUUGAGAACUACUACGUAACCUACUCAUCUAUCCUUUACCGGCAAACUCAAUCGGGCCGAGCCUGGUACAUUGGCAUCAAUCGGGACGGACAAGUCAUGAAGGGGAAUCGCGUAAAGAAGACCAAGGGAGCAGCACACUUCCUGCCCAAACUCAUUGAAGUUGCCAUGUACAGGGAGCCGUCUCUUCAUGACGUUGCUGAGCAGAGUCCACCAAGGAAAACGCAGAAGACCUCCAGUGACUUGCCUGCACUCCAGAAUGGCAAGAAAGACCAUCAAUCCAAACCAAAAGGCAACCUCCUAGCACUAGGAGAUACUGGUGGAUUGGAUGACAUGGGCACCAGCACACCUGAAUAGGGAGGGCUGUUUAGGCUAACCCACCCCAUCAAACUCUGCCCAUUACUGAGAACCAACGCGGUUAGGGUAACAUGUGAUGGUGGAAACCUCAAACAAACAGUUCAAGGAUUUCCACCAGGUCUAUCAAAGCUGGCCAGUGGGGAGAAGACCCCUUUACCCCUUUACCUUCAAAGACCCCUCCCCUGUCCACACCAGCCCUCCACCUUCUGAUUAAAUGACCCUGUUUGAAAAGCAGAGCCUGGGAUAUCCACAAGCAAUAAACUUCACAAGGAGAUGAACAGUCGUUUAGCAUGUUUGUAAGGAAAUAUCACAUGCCUUCUAGCUAAAACAUCAGUGACAUCUUCCACUAACUCAAAUAAUCAGUCUUCUGAGUUUCACCACCA